AUGAUUAUAAAAUUACCUCAUGAUUUACAGAUGUCUUAUUUACGGGCAAUUCAAAAAAUACCGGGCGAUACUGCCAGUGAGAAAUUAUGUUGGAUCGGAAAAUUGACUUUGUACCAGAGCAGUAGCGAUCUUGAACAAUUUCCACCAGAAUUACUGCCUAUUUUAAAUGUAGAAACUGCCAUUAAAGAAAAAAAACAUGAAGAUAUAACAUUUGCUCUUAAGUGUGAAGACUCAGCGAUAAUAAACCGUGCAUUUAAAGCCUUUUGGUUUUUUGAUGGUAGCCAUAAAGAAAUUGUUAACGUCAGGUAUUUUUUCGAACAUCUUUUCCCUUACGUUUCUGUAAAAACAAGAACACGUAUUGUGCUGACACUUGCACAUCAAUUGUCUGGCAAGGAUCCAAUUUUUGCGCAGGAAAUAUUUACAGAAAUGGUUUCGAUUUAUGGCAUUCGAACCGCUUAUCCGUUGAUCAUAGCUUGCAAUGAGACUUUUGCUUAUGAAAUAAUUGUACAGAAGGAAUUAGUGUUGCCUGUUAAAAUUGUUGAGAAGAUCUUUUAUAUCAAUCCGGAUUUGGCAGUGCGUUUUCUCAAAUUAUUGAAACCUCAUCCCUAUAGACUAAAUGCGACUGAGCAUAAUCCCUUUGCGAUCGGCAUUGGUCGAUACGCAUCUCUCCUCCCUAAAUUAAUAAAGAAACGACUAGAGGCUUUUAUAGAACUGUUUGAGAUUCAUUCACCGAAAAUUAUUUUGAGCAACAAGUGCUCCAAAAUAUUUCUUAAGAAAGCUCAGCAACACCUGAUACUAAAGCCACAGUUAUAUAUUCGUAUCUUACCACUCAAAAAAAUUAAUAAGGAUUUAAUGGAAAAAAUUUUCCCUGAUCUGUUGCCUACAACAAUGUCUUACUUCAGAACAGGUAAUAUGCUCUAUUACUUGGAACAUUAUCCACGUGAUAAACAAUAUGAUCUGCUUCGUAAAUCAUACAAGGAUAAAUAUAAUGUUGAUCUUCUUGAUGAAACAAAAAAUGUCACGCUUGACUUAUUACAGUUAUUACCUGUCGAGGAACGAAUCAAACAGGCUAAAAUUAAAAUUCUCGAGGAGCACAACUUAGAGAAGAGUGAAUAUCAAGAAUUUUCGUUCUACAAAACAGCUUGGAUUUGUUAUUUACCUGUUAACGAAGUUAUUCCGAUUAUUAAAGAAAAAUUAAAUAAAACUACAGGUGAAAAAGAUAGAAUUGAUCUCCUUAUGCAAAUGAUCUAUGCUUGUAAUGUUAAUAAAGAUGAUAAUGCCUUGUUCAGCGUCUUGACAUAUUUUUUAAAUAGACAUAAAAACGAAAACUCUCGGGUGUUCCAACGAAUAUUCCAUCAACUUUUAGAAAUAUACAAUUUACCUUAUUUAAAUGAAAAGCUGAUUUCUCUUGUAUUAGACAUUGUUCGAUUGUGUUAUGUAAAACAUGAAUUCAUACCGGAAAGAAUACUCGUGGCUAUAAUACAUUUUAAACUUAUACACAAUAUGUCAAUUGAGGAGCUAAUCGAUAUGUUUUUAAAAAGUAAUACAUGUUACGAAAGUUUUAACAUACUUAAAGAAUAUCCACAAUAUGAGAGACAAUGCCUUGUAACUUUCGCAAAUCAAAUUGAAAAAAAAUCUUUUAAAGAGGAUGAAAAAAAGUAUUUUUUCUGCAAAUUAUUUGAAGCAAUAUAUGAUUUUAACAACAGGUAUAAAAAAUCGUGCACCAAAAUAGAAAAAAUGACAAUUAGAGAUUAUCCUUGGUUAAUGGAUGUUAUUUACGAAAUUCUGCGUUCUGGCAAAAAUUCUAUCUUGAAAAAUAUAUUGCAGGAAAAUGAGCCAGAACUGUAUUGCAGUUGGUUUCCUUCAAAUAUCGCAAAUGUAACGUCAGGCGCGGCGCUCGCUCUAUUGAAACGAGAUUCACGAAACGUACUGGAUAAUUGGGAAGAAUACUUAGCAAAUUGCAUGAAGAACUACAAUUCAAAACAUGUACAACGCUUUAUCAAGGCCACGCGAUGGUAUAAAGACUUGCCCAUUAAAUUUUUUGAACGUUGCAUGAAUUAUAUUUACGAUAAAAAUACAGAUAAAAUACCAUCAUGCCUAGUUGUCUUGGCUCUUUUAUGUCAUGGUGAUGAAUUGACAAAACUGAUCGAUCCUUUCAUAAUACCCACCAAAACAAGGAUAAAUAUCAAUCAUCCAAAUGCUAAAAAUAACUAUAAACUUAUAAAAUAUUUACCAUUGAGCAUGAGACUUUCUAAUCCACCAAUACCUCUCGAUCUCAUAGUUAGAUUGUGUGAAGGAGAAUAUUUAUUAAGAAUAGUUUUGAUGACACUAACAAAUGUAAGUAUGCGAACUUCUAAGCCUAAAGUUCUAUCAAUUGCACAAAAAUUGAUGAGUAUGUGUGUGAAUACACGUAAGCAUGGAGUUAGGCUGAUGUAUUUGAUAGCGACUAAGCAUGAGCUUACAGAUUUUCUCCAGAAAGCAUGGAUAAUCGAGAAGCAUCAUUCAGUACGACAAGUUUUAUUCAAGACGUUCCAGAAAUAUUUUCUUACAGAGCCAAAUCCUGAAACAUGGUCCCUAUAUUACCAAACUGUAUCAACGUUGAGUCUCAAUGAUGAAGCAUUGCUUUCACAGAUAAAGCUAUUUCCCAAGAUCCCUAAUAAAUAUGUCUUAAGAUUUCUCGAUCUAUGGCUCAAAACGAUAGACGAUUUUCAAGGAAUGGAACUGGACGACCAGAAAAAAAACAAAUACAUUGCCAAUUUCUUAGCAACACUUACUACUGCAUCUAUUUUCAAUCUUUUAUCUGAAGAAUUUAUUGAAAAUAUACUUCGAAGAUUUUUAUUCCAUAUGGAUAGUGAUGUAUCCAGAGCAGCAAGACGUUUUAUAAUAUCGUAUAUUUUGUCAGAAGGUCAGGAUAAAAAUGCAGCACGCAUCAAAAUAUUUGCUGAUGUCUUUCGUAACGCAGUGGUAAAUUAUUGGGAUGUACCCCAUCCUAAAAAAUUAUAUUUCUAUCCAAUCAACCAAGCCGUGCGUUUAUUCAUAGAUGAUUUCAUUUUUUACUGCUUUGAUAAAAUGUUUUACUUUAAUAAAUUUACUACUAACCCGGAAAUUAUCGAUAACAUACAAAUGAUAUUUUCAUCUGUCUUAUCACCCAGCCAGGAUGCAAAGUCUUAUUUGUUGUUGACAUACGCAAAGACGUUUCAAGAAUGUAAAUCAACCAAGAACUCUUUUGGCCUGAAACUCGGUCAGCAGUUACAUGAAUUAAUCAACAUUUUCUCUCCGCUAUUAGUCUCAUUUAUGGUUCAGAUUCUCGAUUACUUCUUAGAUAAAGUAUACAGAUAUCCGGAUUUGGAACAAGCCAAAUUUAGUGUCAUAGAAGGUCUCAUUGAAGCUGGUAAUACGUAUUCCUGUUUUAUGGCUGUGACAAUGUUACCUGGCUUAGCGCCGAAACCCUUACACCCUCGCUGCAGACAAUUGACGAUCAAGAUGAAUCACGCGGCAAGAUACGAUCGAAUCAUUGAAAAGUUACGAGGAAUGCAUGAGGAGCUUGCUACCAUGACUGUUUUAUGCAAUUAUUUAAAUGAAUUGGACUUGAACAUUUUUGAAACAAAUUGAAAAAUUAUUUAAAAUGUUUCUUGAAAAAAUGACAUAUAUGAGCUGUUAUGACAUAUAAGAGCAGUUAUUGACAUAUAUAAGAGCAGUUCGAUGGAUGAAAUAGAGAGAGAGAGACAUGCAUAUUUUUACAUUUAUA